AUGGGUGAUGAUACAUUGAAUAGCAUUAUAGAGAACUUUGAGUCGAAAGAUACAUCGAUCAUAUACUCAACAUAUGAAGAGUUGAUCAAUUAUGUAAAGGCAAACAUCUUGGAGACACAACAUGUAGAGAAGAUAUUCAGAUUGAUACAGAGACAUCUGGCUGACAGUGAUAGUGAUGGAUAUGGUGAAGAUCUGAUUGGCAAGGUGUUGGAGGCAUCGAACUUUAUGAUUGAUUUUGUGACGAGUGGCCAACAGAGCUUGGUCAGCGACCUACUUUAUACUCUAGACUACGUUGGACUGAUUGGAAGUGAGGACAAGGCACUGGCCGACAAGGUGGAGGACCUCGUAUCAAGCAUUCUAAAGAUUGGCUCGUGCACUGAUCUCGUGUUGAAGACAUUCUUCACGGCCAUGUCAAUGGGCAAUGUGUGGAGGAAGAGAAAGCACACACUGCAGCUGUUCACAAUGGCACUCACAUCGUCUUUGCUCGACGCCACCAAGAUGCUUGACAAUGGCCAGGGCAAGAAGCUUGUGAUCAGGAUACUGUCAGCCACCAGCGAUUCAGACAAUGAGCGAGUGAUUGAUUCGGCCAAUGCCGUGACCGAUUUGCUUUACAAAGAGAUUGGAGACGAUCUGUUGUCAUUCGUAUCGGACUGCGAUCAAUUGGAUGAGAUGACCAAGGAGACUAUCAUCUCAAGGCUCAAUCCAUCUUUUGGUGGAAACAAGGCUUCGUCGUCAUCGUCUUCGUCGUCGUCAUCGUCGUCGACAGCACAUGCCACACAUUCGACCAAGUCGUCCGAGACAUCCAGCAAGCUGUCCAAGUCAACCUCUCACCAUUCCUCAUCCCUCACACACAUUGAGCAACCAUUUGGUCUGUUAUUGAUGAACCAGGACCUUGAUGAACAACAGUUGGAAACAAGAAUGGAGGAUAUUACAUCAAAGUUGGCGGAUACUACCACUGAGUGGAACAUCAAGGUGAACAAUCUGAUCAAGAUGCAAUCUUUGGUCAAUGCUGGCGCGACGACAUUGCCAAACUUUAUGUCACUGUUCAACAGACUCAAGGAGCCUCUGUUGUUGCAGGUGAGCGAUAUUCGUUCACAUCUGAUCAAGGAGGCCUGCAACACAAUCAACGUGAUUGCCGAGCAUAUGAAGCAUGCGUUCGACCCGUUUGUCGAUCGCUACGUCGACGUGCUGCUCAAGAACGUCGUGGUGACGAUCCAGGUCAUUGCAGAGUCGAGUGACAAGUGCAUCAAGAGCAUCCUGACCGCGUCCAAGUCGACCAAGGCCAUUGUGCGUCUGGCCGACCUGUUGAAGGCGACCAAGAGUGGUCUGCUGCGUUCCAAGUGUUGCGAGUACCUCCACAUUCUGCUGCGCAUCGUGUCCACCGAGCAACUCGAGAAGCUUGCCGAUGUACUUGAAAAGACUAUCAAGCAGGGCGUGACCGAUGCCGAUCCCAAGUGUCGCCAGAUCUCGCGCCAGUCCUACUUGUUGUUUGCGCAGCAUUGGAAUCAGCGCGCCGCGCACCUCUACGAGACAUUCGAUGCCAACGUCAAGAAGCUCAUCGUCAAGGAGCAAACAACAUUCAGCCAAGCGAUUGAGAAUGGUGCCGGUCCAGUUCAGGCUGGUGCCACCCAUGGUCCAGUCGCCAGUCGCGGUCGCCACGUCUACCACCACAUCCACAUCCACAUCCACUACAACAGCCACAGCAACAACCACCAGCAAGACAGCGAGAGGUGGUAG